AGAAAGUCGGUCUACCGGUGGGCCACCAGUUCACCGACGUGCGUUCUUCUGAAUGGAUGUCCAUUCUCGCGUAUGUUUCAACUUAUUCGAGUGAAUUAUAUUCAUUCUCAUGAUUUAUCUUGUUUAUUUUGCCACUGUUUUGGAAACUAUACAUAUUUGUUGGGAAAUAUUGGAAUACUGAGCCACUGUGAGGACAUUUCUUUUGCAAAAAACCACCAGAUGUGAAGUUGACAUUUAAAUUACUGGGAGUGGCAACGAAAGUUUAACAUUCCAAGAUACAAUAUCGACAAAGUAUAAGAUCAAAUGCAGAGGUAGAGUAGAAACAGCAAGUGGAGAAUGGAAACAAUGAAGAAUGGAUCAGAAGAAUUUGUCACUGUUGUUAGCGUGGGAAAUCAACCGAAAAUUGAAAACUUUGUAACAGUAUUAUCAAUUGGAAAUGGUCAGAGUGGAAAGAAAGAUUUCUCAAAUUCACCUAAUAAUGUUGAUACAUACCUUGAAGAGGAAGUUGAAGUCUACAGGCUUCCUGGUGAACGUCUGGGCUUUGGACUUAAGUUUGAAGGUGGGAAUAAAACCGCAGAAAGAGUGAGAAGACUUUUUGUCCAGAGUUGUGCUGAACACAGUCCAGCUAGUCGUGCUAAAUGUUCGUGGGGUGGACUUGGAGAAGGAGAUGAGAUUCUCUGUAUUGAUGGGGUGCCAGUAAAGCAUAUGAGCCGUUUAGACUGUGUAAGGAAGCUAAAAGAAUCCCAGCUAGUGAUAAAAUUACUUGUAAGAUAUCGAGGUGCAUUAAAACCGGAAGUUGUGAGUGCCGAACGGAAAUCAGCGACAGAAAAAAAGAAAAUACCUCCAGAAUUACCCUCUGCUCCUCCACCAGUCCCACCAAGGAAGUUGAGACAAGUUCGAGGUUCAGCAGAUGGCGAAGCUAAUCCUAGUCCGAUAAAAAAAGUCCAACAGAAUGGGAAUGAAUCAUCCAUGAAUGCACAAUCGAGUUUACGAGCAUCUAAUAAUAAACCUACUCCACGUGACAACUAUAAUUCAUCACCAAAAAGUAUGAGUAAUGUUAAGAAUGAAAGCCCAAGAAAACUAUCAAAAGAACUUUCAACGGAAGCCAUUAAACUCAAGGAACCACCGGAAGCAAUGGUUUACUUAGAUGCUCGAUCUCAAGAUGGAUCAAGCACACAUGGGAGCACAUCCGAUGAUACAGGAAGUUCACUUUCAACUGUGGUGGAUCGAUUUUCUAGUUCCGAUCGAUUUUCUACAACAUCAACGAUAUCAACAUCGGAACUUCCUCUUGAAUCUCCUUCAAAAGAACGCAUUGAAGAUCAACAAGCAGAAAUUAAUCAAUUUAAAGAAACCUCACAAGAACUUUUAAAAUCUUUUGAACAGCUAGAUCGUGACUUUUGUUCAAAUCCACCAGAUUAUUUGCUUAAACGUCUAGCCAACUCAGAAGCAGUAACUCAUGUAGAGUCAAGAGGAGAAGCCGGAGCAGUUGUAGAAAAAAUAACUGCUGUUGUAGCACCUAAUACAGUCGUGAUCGAGGAGACUUUAACGUUGCAACCACCAUUGAGUUUCCAAGAUGCUCCACUAAGUUACGGACACGAAGCUCGACCUGGAAUAUUCUUAACUGCUGAUUCUUCGACACAUUUUUGUCCAAUCCAAGAUGACAUUUCAGUUGUAGAAAGUAUCAUUGGUGACAGUGAAUUUGAUGUAAGUGAUUUGAAUACAAACGUUCGGGUACCACCUCCACUUCCAGCUCGGAAUCAUAUUAAUUGUAUUUCUGUGAAUCAAAAUGAUGACGCAUCUACACAAGUGGAUGUAAAAUUACUUAAUGAGAGAACUCAAGAGAUGAAUUGUGAAACAAAUGAACCACUUUUACCACCGAGACCUCUUCCAAGGAAAGAUACAAAGUUAAAACGUAAAAGAUUGCCUCCUCCGCCACCUCCUCCUACGCCUAGGAGAGAGUUACCUCCUCCAGUGCCAAUACGGAACUUGGAAUCAAAACCAGGUGAAUCCGAAAGUAAAAAAGAUGUAACUGUUGUUGAAAUCUCAACGAAUCUUUUGCAAGAAUCAAAAGAAUCGGAUGAAAUUGCAUCAUCAAAAGCAGUAAGUUCAAAGAAAAGAGAACCUAUCGAAUCCUCAUCAAGAUCUUUUGAUAAUAAUCAAAAGCAGAUGAAUGGAAUAUGUACGAAUGAAAGUCUAAUUAAAGUUGACUGUGAUAAAUCUAAAUCUCAUGAAAUAAUUAUAAAUAAUUAUUCUGGCAAUAAUGAAUUGUCUUCUUCACCAACUACAAAUAAAGUUCUUGAAAUUAUAGAAAUGAAGACAGUGAAGGCUCUUAAGGAUUCUACUAAGUUGCAAAAUAAAAAUGAAAUUAAUGAAAAAAAGAGUGUUGCUAGUUCACCAAAAGUGAUUGGUCAUUCUUCAGUAUUAAAAGAUGUUAAAACAAAAAAAUGUAAAGCUAAUGAGAGCAAUGCAAAUGAUUUAAAGCUAAGUGAAAACAAUAUUAAUAGUAACCUAUCAAAAGAAGAAUGCAACAAUUUAAUUAAUGAUGAAAAAGAAAUCGGAAAGCUUGUAAAUAGUUUUGAUGAUGAUUGGGAAGAAGCACGAGAGUACCAAGAUAAUGAUGAUAUACAGUUGAAAGACAUAAAACAUGAUAGAAGAGCUGAAGAAUCUGAUUCAUCAGUUGAUACCGAGGAUGAUGAGGUUUAUCAAUCAUUGGAAUGUAUUCUAGAUGAUAAAAAAUUAUCAAAUUUAAAUGGUACAAUCAAUAAUAUUAGACAGACGGAAGAGACUGAUUCGAGUUCAGACAGUGAUGACACAGGAAACGAUUAUUACUGGCAGAGUAAUUUAGCAACAAUUGGAGAAGAGGAUGAAGUGACUUCUUUAGAAUAUACAAGUGUUAACCCAGAAAUAAGCAAAAUCGAUGCAAAUUCCUCUAACAAAGCGAAGCAAUUAUCUGACGUAUCAACUACUGAAGAGACUGAUGGAAUCAAUAAUAAUGAUGUGCAAGAUGAGAUCGAGCGCAUGAGCCGAAUUUCAAAGGAUCCGGAGACGACGGAUAAGAUCACAGAUAAGAAUACGGUAAAUGGUAGGAUGGACAACUGUGGAGGCGGUCAACGCCUGCCCCCAGAUGGGGACGAGUUUCCCGCAGCUUAUCAAGAAUUUAGCGUUACUUCACAGCAGUACCAAGUGUUAGAGUCAUCACGCAAUAGUACUUUGACAUCUGACAACGAAAGUGGAGGUUACAGUUACAAAAAAAGCACCAGUUUUCAAACAGAAAGUCGAAUUUCUCAGUAUAUUAUUCCUAGUGUCAAGGAAAUGACAAUCACUACAACUGAAGUAGUUGAGACUUUACCAGAUGUUGAACGGAGAAAUUUAAAUCCUACUAAUACAUACUUAAGUAACUUUAGCAAUAAUAAUAACAAUAACAACAAGUCAAACAGUAGUAGUCCAAUGCUUGUGUUGACAGAAAGAAAGAUUGAGAUUGCUGAUUAUUACACUAAAGAUUCGAAAAUCGAGAUCGAUACUUCUGAAAAAGAUUAUGUCGAUUGUCCUCCUCCACCUUUGCCUCUGACAGAUCCACCAAAGAUGGAGAAACCUGUUCCACUCGGUAGGAGCAUGUCAACUGACAGUUCAUCGCGGAAGUUUUCGCUCAACGGAGAUUGUCGACGUCAAGACGAUAAAUCCGAGAAAUCGGUGAGGGAUAAAAUCGCUAUGUUUUCAUCUCAGAGCAAUCUUGAGGCGCCACUCUUUCCAGCCAAUCCGAUCACGAGUAUCGUGACAAACUUUAACAGACGACUCUCCAAGUACAAGUCCUCAGAAGAUUUCUUUAGCGAGGAGAAAAGCUGCAGUCAAAAGGACAAAUCGAAAGUAUUUUCAGACCGUACAAUCAGCUCUUGUGACUUAACAGAGUCUUCAUCAAAUAAUAAAUCUGAUUUCCUUUAUGAAAAAUAUGUUGAUCGACCGCCAGUUCCAGUACGAUCGACACCUUUAGAAGAGUUCAAUAAUAAAUCUACUUUUAACUUAAGAAAUGUUACAUCUAACUCUGAGUCAACAACCCAGAAAUCAUCAAAUUCAAGCUUUUUUGCUGACAUUAAGCCAGUUGGGAAUGGAAUAAAAACACCAAUCUCUUCUAGCACGUUGUCUUUAUCUGAUAAGAAAGAAGAUGGAGUUCCAGUCACGAAAACGACAAUGUCUUUAACGAGAGCAACAAGUUUCUCAGGAGGAGUUUGUUCUAACGGUGAACUCUCACCAAUUAACAAUGGUCAAAUCUCCAGAGCUAAUUCUGUUGCGUCCACGUUUAAACGUACGAGUGAGGAUAUGAGAAGAACAAGUCUGAAUCAAUUGAUAGAACAAAGGAGAAAAAGUAUUUCAAAAUUGAGAGGACUUGUUAUUCCAGAGAAAGAUGCCGUUCUUGUUGAUAAACCCAUCAUUGAUUUACCGGAGAUCAAAUCUAGAGAUUCUAUUCUUGUACAACAGAUGCCGAAGGUCAACAUCCAAGAUAAGUGGGGCUCUCAAUCUUCCUUGGCCAGUAAUAUAAGUACUUCAAGUGUUCCAGUGAAAACGACAUCGUUUAAAAUGCCAACUCCACAAAUUCUUCCUAAAUAUUCACCCGCCUUCAAACGUAAGAGUCUCACAGUCUGUGGAACCACUAACAUAAGCAGUACUUCAUCUAAUGCCCCAACUGCCAAUUCUACAACUUCUACCAAUCCUUCAACGCCAACUCAGCAGACGAGUCCUCCAUCAACAAGUAUUUCUACUGAAGCACCGAAGAGUCUUGAAAGUAUCUGCAGUCCUACACGCUCAGACUAUAGCUUUGAGUUCGUUCCAUCCAGCUCUUCACCAGAAAAUUUACGAAGCCGACCCAGAAUUGGUCAAAAAAAACCUCGAGGUGAUUAUGAUGAUUCUGAUAAUGAUUCAGCUGUUAGCAGCUCACAAAGCAGUAUUUCACGAGGAUUUAGUCCCCCUGCAUCACCAGUACCAUCAGAGAGAUCGAAUGUCUCAUCAGAGAGAUCUUAUCCAAUGUCAUUAAUCACCGAAAUACCAUCAAGGAAUCAUUUACUCAACGAAAGGUCACAAUUCAUGUCAAAACCAUUGUCAUACUCAUCAGAAAAAUAUGGCGGAUCCAACCGAUCAUUUAGUGACAGUAGCAGUGGUACAAAUUCAAGUUCUAGAUCUCCACCUUCGGAAUAUAAUUCACGAUAUUCAGCUAUUCCUCAGCGACAAACAUUAAAACGAUCAAGUAGUACUGAAACUAAUUACAGUACUUCGUCAACUUUGACCUCUGGUUCACAAGCAAGUGCUGAGUCUUUGUCGAAAAGAGUCUUGAAACCGCAAAGUGUUGAAGCAAUUAAUAGAAAAAAUAUCUUAGCCAGUGCUAGAUGUAGAAGUGGACAAAAUUUAAGUGGAUCGCCAUUAAUUCAAAGAAAGUUUACUGAUGAUGAAGAGGCUACUACUUUCGGAGAGAAAAAUGGUAAAUGUAUGUACGAAAGAAUGAAUAGUAAUGAAAAUUUAUCCAAUAAUAGCAACAUUAAGGUAGCGUAUGUUGAUAUGAUUGAUAACUAUGACGAUAUCAAAGAAAUUGAUAAAUCGUCGUCAAUUAAACUACCGCUUAAGUCUGAUAUUAUAACAUCUUCUAAUGACCUCAAAAUGUGGGUUCGUGCGGAAGCUAAAGCAUUGUUAGGAAAAAAUUCCAAUCAAACAAAUGGGAAUGAUUUUCAUUCAGAAAAGGAUGCUCACUCUUCCCAAAUAGAAUCAUGUUCAAUUGUGAAUGAAUCUAAGAGUUCAAAUGGUAAUGGUUAUAAUGAAUCUGUUGAGAGUGAAAGUAUCAAGUCAAUAAAAACUCAAAAUGAUGAUCUUCUAGCUACUCUAACUACAAAGACACGCUCAAGAGCACCCAUUAAUUUCGAAGACGAAGCUAUUUUUCGAUCUAAGAAUCAAAUGAGUCUAGAAGAUAUUUUAACUGGAAAAAUAGAUCCUCAAAUUCAUCAUGAAUCUCAAUUUUUUUCGGGAAAAUAUCAAGAAAAUGCUUAUUCGCGUGAUUCUAAGAUUUCUAUGAGGUCAAGUUCAAAGGCAAAUGAAUUUUUAGCUGAAGAAAAAACUUUUGUGUCCAAAAUUCCAACAUAUGGAAGAUCAAAGAUGAAUGAAAGUAUAGAAGAGAAUGGUAGUAUUACUGAAAGAUCUAGAAAUUCAAAGAUCCCACUCCAAAAACCUCUUGGAAGACGAAGUGCCAGCGUGACAGAUAUGAAAAAAGCAAUAGAUAAAUCAGAUUACUUAGUAAAUCAUUACUCAAACAAUGCUUCAAAUCAACACCAGCGAUUUUCAAGUUUAGACAGUAAUGUUGAAGAUCCAAGACCAGUUAAUGGAGUUAAUGGAGAAAAUGAUGCUGAAAAAUAUUUUGGAGAACAAUUUGGAAGUAUUAGCUCACUUGCAAGCAGUACUAGUUUAAUAUCUCAACAGGAAUUGGCUCAACUAGUUGAAGAGGCCAGUUUAGAAGAUAGUAAAGGUCCUCAUGAAGUUGUUGUUGUUCUUCUCCAUAAAGAUAACCCUACUGGAAGUGUGGGCAUUACAUUAGCUGGUGGAGUAGAUUGUGAAGCUAAAGAGAUUACAGUGCAUAGAGUUCUAGCACACUCUAUUGCUGAUAAAGACGGUAGAGUACAGCGUGGCGAUAGAAUUCUUAGUAUUAAUGGAAAAAGCACUCGGGGACUUAGUCAUAAAGAAAGCCUUGCUAUUCUGAAACAACCCAGAUCUGAGGUUGUCAUGGUUGUGUCCAGGGCAAGAAUUGAUGAUGGAAACAGAAUCAAAACGAGGACUGAAAGUGUAGAAACCGUUGUAGAAGGACUUGCACUCAAUGGAGCUGAUGAUACAGCAUGGGGUCCUCCAACGCGAGUUGUAAUUUAUAAAGGUGGAGCUGGACUUGGAUUCAGUUUAGAAGGAGGCAGAGAUAGUCCGGUUGGAGACAGACCAUUAGUCAUUAAAAAAAUAUUUACUGGCGGUGCUGCUGAAAAAACAGGUGCCUUAACAGCAGGAGAUCAGUUACUUGAGGUUAAUGGAACUGAUGUAACGCGUAUGUCAAGAAUAGAAGCAUGGUCUCUCAUGAAGAAGCUACACAAUGGAGAAGUGAAUCUCCUAGUCAGACACCCUGCCAUUAAGUCGUCGUGAAUAGUAGUCAAUUGUCAUAGGCGUUAAAUUAGCAAGUAAUACAGCUGUUUAGCUUUACGAUUCAAAUUAUUGUAAAUAUCUUUUUCUAGAACGUUUCAAUAUGAAUUAACAAAUGGUUCACAGUGAUUAAUGUCUGGGAAAUUUGCCUUGCAAUCAUUAUUCACUGUAAUAACUUAGACUGCUCAUCUGAAAGAUGCUUGCGCAACAAUUCUUAGUAAUGAAGUAAAAGAAAUUGCUAAUAAUUGUCUUCAUUGACCACUCUGUGAAUCCAAUGGCGUAUUGAAGAUACGUCGUACAAGAUUUAUAUCUUAUAUUGAAUAUAAAAAAAAAUAUAAAUAAAAGUUUUUUUUGCUAAACGAUAGUUUAUAUCUAUCGAUAAUUUUCUAUCGGUGUAUUGACAGUGCAAUAUCAUUAAGGCAUUAAAAGGCUUUUAGUAGACUCAAUAAUUAUUAUUUUUGCGAAAAUAUUUUUAGAAAAAUUUUUAAAGAGUAUGAAAAAAUGAAAUAACUAAUUAGUGAAAUUGUAUAUAUAAACGCCAAUUAACAAGCACGAGUCGAGAGAUGAGGAGUAAAAAGCAAAAAAUGAUUGAUAAAAAUAUGCAAAGAUAAUAUAAAAAACUAUUUACAUAAAUAUAGAUAUAUAUUAUUGGAAUAAAAAUAAAUAUUUAAAUUAAA